AUGGCGGCGUACACCGAUCAGCUGGAACACACCAGCAUUUACCACGGCGGGAACGAUGACAGCGAAGAAAGCGACGGGGAAGGAGGUCUCGGUAACCUGAACAGGUUGAUCGUGAGACCUCCCGGGCAAAGCGGCAAAGCCAAGCGCGGGCAGCUUUGCUUCGACGCGGCAUUCGAGUGCGGCAACCUCGGCCGGGCCGACCACAUCUCAGACUUAGAGUACGAUCUGUUCAUCCGGCCGGACACCUGUCGACCGAGGUGUCGGUUUUGGUUCAACUUCACUGUGGAGAAUGUUAAGCAGGAUCAGAGGGUGAUUUUCAAUAUAGUGAAUUUAGGUAAAGAGCAUACGUUGUACAACACCGAUAUGACGCCGUUGGUGCGAUCCACGUCACGACAAAAAUGGCAACGCUUACCACGUCGCCUGCUUUUUUACCACCGCUCCCUGCCCCAUCGUGGUCGCAAAAUACUAAGCAUCGCAUUUGCUUUUGAUAAAGAAGAGGAUAUCUACCAAUUUGCGACGGCAGCCCCGUACUCGUACUCCAGACUUCAGAGGUACCUCACUCUGUGGGAGAAAAGAGCUCAAGCGUUUGCCACCAGGGAGACGAUAGCACAAACAACGCAAAAGAGAAAAGUCGAUUUGAUAACGAUCGGCGAUUUCGGGGUCAAAGACAAAGAACACGUAGAGGAUCAUUUUCCCGCUAAAGGCAAAGUCGGUGCACCCAAGAAGAGAGUAGUGCUGAUACUGUCCAGGGUGCACAGUGGCGAACAACCGGCCUCCUAUAUUUGCCAAGGAUUCCUGGACUUCAUGGUGAGCUCUUCUGAAAAAGCAUCCGCAUUACGGAACAAUAUCGUCAUUCAGGUGGUCCCAAUGCUGAACCCUGACGGAGUGUUCCUCGGCAACCAGCGCUCCGACCUGCUAGGAUCCGACCUCAACCGGUGUUGGGACCGCGCCACCACCUUCUCGCACCCCGCACUUAUUGCCGUCAAUGAGCUGGUCAAGAAGGUUACUACUGAGAAGGGUGUGCAACUGGAUUUCAUCAUCGACAUUCACGCAGAUAUGAGCCACGAAGGUGUAUUUGUGCGGGGAAACUCGUACGAUGACGUUUAUAGGUUCGAACGUCACGUGGUACUUCCGAAAUUCCUGGCUGGGCGUGUAGAGGCAUGGCGCCCCGAAGCUUGCCUGUAUAAUUCUGAUGCACUAGUGACGGGCAGCGCGCGUCGUACGCUUCCCACGGGAGCUAUGGAUGCUUACACCUUGCUCGCUUCGAUGGGAGGCCGUCGACUGACUCCUAGGGGACCCUAUAUACACUACACCGAAGAAGCUUACACGAAAAUAGGUAGAUCAGUAGCACGAGCUCUGUGCGACUACUAUCGUCACGUGAGCGUGGUGCCUCCUCGAGUGCCACGCGCCAGCAAGAAGGAGAGCCGAGGUAGACGGCGCAGGAGACGAAGACCAACCGCGACUCGAGAAAGGUCACCGAGUUCAUCCCCAGAGCGGCGGGUGCUGCCUCCGCGCAUCCUAUCCCCUCCACUACCCCAAGCCUCACCGCCGGCCUUGCGCGCGCCGCCUCCAUUGUCCAGACACACGGCCUUGAGGAAUCGACCAAAGACUGGAGUCAUGGAUGUUGAUAACAUUCUGCCGAUUAUAACGGGCACCGCAGUGCGAACACCCCGCCUUGCCGUUGUGGACUUCAGUGCCUACAUCCGCACUCCCACCGGAACCUCCUACGGCUACCUGAAGUCCAAGGCCAGGCUGGCCCGCCCUCCGAGACCCUCGCACACGCGGUACACCAGCGACGAAUACGAUACACAUGAAUCAGAGUCUUAAAUUUUUUAAUCGAUUCCUAACGCGACAUCCAAUUUGAAUUUAUGAUUUUUGAAAACGAGGUCUAAAACAUAUAUGCAGAUAACUAUCUGCAUAUAUGUUUCAGACUUUAUCAUGUUUUGGCAAUUUUUUGGUUACUCGCUUAUUACGGAGUUGGGGUCCAUUGUCACUCCCAUUUUUGUAACACUGAUGACAAGGGAAUUCCACUGAAGAAGCGUUUAUGAUUACUGGAAGUAUAUACGGCUAAUGUGCCAAACUAAUUUUGUACAUACGAUCCUUGGUAUUUUGACCAUUAAGAAUAAAAACUCAUUGUCUUUCCACUUCUUGAAAUUUACUGUAGUUAAAUUUACCCAUUUACGAACUUU